GAGGUCCACCACAAUAUGGAACUGGAUUUUGGACACUUUGACGAAAGAGACAAAGCAUCCAGGAACAUGCGAGGGUCCCGGCUGAAUGGGCUUCCCAGCCCUACCCACAGUGCCCACUGCAGCUUCUACCGGACCCGGACCUUGCAGGCUCUCAGCAAUGAGAAGAAGGCCAAGAAGGUCCGCUUCUACCGGAACGGAGACCGCUACUUCAAGGGUAUCGUGUACGCCGUGUCCACCGACCGCUUCCGCAGCUUCGACGCCUUGCUGGCUGACCUGACCCGCUCCCUCUCCGACAACAUCAACCUCCCCCAGGGAGUGCGCUACAUCUAUACUAUCGAUGGAGGCCGCAAGAUCGGGAGCAUGGACGAGCUGGAGGAAGGUGAAAGCUACGUGUGCUCCUCAGACAAUUUCUUCAAGAAGGUGGAGUACGCCAAGAACGCCAACCCCAACUGGUCGGUCAACGUGAAGACCUCGGCCAAUCUGAAAGCUCCCCAGUCCCUGGCCAGCAGCCACAGUGCCCAGGCCAGGGAGAACAAGGACUUUGUUCGGCCCAAGCUGGUGACCAUCAUCCGCAGCGGGGUGAAGCCUCGCAAAGCCGUGCGGGUGCUCCUGAACAAGAAGACGGCCCACUCCUUUGAGCAAGUGCUCACCGACAUCACCGAAGCCAUCAAGCUGGAGACGGGGGUGGUCAAAAAGCUGUACACUCUGGAUGGGAAGCAGGUCACCUGUCUCCAUGAUUUCUUCGGUGACGAUGAUGUGUUUAUUGCCUGUGGUCCUGAAAAAUUCCGCUAUGCCCAGGAUGACUUUUCCCUGGAUGAGAAUGAGUGCCGAGUCAUGAAAGGCGCCCCAGCUGCCACCACUGGCACCAAGUCAUCUCCCAAGACUCAAAAGAACUCAGCAAAGAGUCCCGGCCCCGUGCGUAGAAGCAAGUCUCCGGCUGACUCAGGUAACGACCAAGAUGCCAACGGGACAUCUAGCAGCCAGCUGUCCACCCCCAAGUCAAAGCAGUCGCCAAUCUCGACCCCCACCAGCCCCGGGAGCCUCCGGAAGCACAAGGACCUGUACCUGCCUCUGUCUUUGGAUGACUCCGACUCUCUGGGAGAUUCGAUGUGAAGAGAAGACCGUGUCCAGCGUCCAGAGGCCAACUUUCCACUUUCCUCCUGUACAGUAUGGUACUUCUGCUAGAGUGUCCAAUAGGGCGAUUAUUGCUUUCAAUUUCAAAAAAAGAGAGAGAGAGAGAGAGAGAGAGAGAAAAGAAAAAGGACGCAGAGUUAACAUGGGGUUUUUUUUUCUGUGAUUCCUCCUCUGGGCCACAAAUCCACAGUUAUCAAAUCAGGUUAGAUUGAUACCAUUCUUUUGAGUCAUUUGAUGGGGAUAUGAUAUGUGCCGUUCCACGGACCUACUGGGAAAUUUCUGAGCCCCGACAGGGCUGAUUCUAGUCUCAUUCUAUAGGUUGCCUUCCUUGGAGGGUAGCUCAU